GAUCGAACUCAUGAUUCCGAGAUCAAGAGUCACACGCUCCUCCGACUGAGCCAGCCAGGCGCUCCCUAAGGUCAUUCUAAUGACCCAUGUCAUCCCCCUGCCAUGUCAAAUGCUCCCUCUGCAGGACAAUACUUCAGGCAUGGCCUGAGCUCCAAAGCCCACAGUUCCUACCAUUGCCUCCAAGGUCUGGGUGUUUUGUGAGGUGUGUUGAUGGCCCUUUAAGAGGCGGUAGCUGGCUUCCGGUUGUCAUGGAGACAGCUGGACACAGCCGGAGUAGCAGAAGGCCGGCAGCAUGUCCUCUAAACUUCAAUCCACAGGUGGGAACAGGGCUGCUGGGACUGGAAAUCGGAGCGGCAUCUUCCCCUCUUCUCCCUCACAAUCCUCCUUGGGAUGGCCUUGGGGGAUCCUGCUUUGGGCAACACCUGUCCCACCCCUGUCCCUCUCCCCAAGGUUGCCAUCUCAGCCUCUCCUCCCUCUCUAGGCCCCAAAGCCAAGGACCACCAGCCCUCAGCCCAAGAGAAUCUGCCAGCCCCAAAGGCCAAUGCUGAAGCCAUCCACUUCCUCAGCAACCUCAAGCAGGAGGAGCUGCAGAUGCUGCUAUUCUCCGAAACUCUGGCCAUGGUCUCAGACACGGGGGAGCCUCAGGGAGAGCUGAUCAUUGAGGUGCAGACAGGGAAUUACACAGACGAAUCUGGUGUGAUGUCGCACUGCCUCCUCGUGCACGCCUUUAGCCGCAGCUUCAUGGACAAAAUGCUCUGUGGAAACUCCCUCCUGGGCUACCUCUCAUGGAACCUGCAUAUCAUGGAGCAAUGUAGUCAGGAGUUCAUCAAGUUCCGCGUCCUCCCCAUGGAGCGGAAGAUGAGUUUGGUGAAGCAGGACGACCAGCUGGCCGUGACCAGAAGGGUCAAGGAGGGUGAGGAAGUCAAGACCGAAGUGACUUUUGUCCCGGAGAGCUCAACCGUGGGCUUCAUCUCCGAGGCUGCCAACCUGGUGUUGCUGAGGGUGAUGGCCUGGCGGCAGACCGUGCCCAGCAGCGCCCGUUUCCUGGCCUUGGACACGGAGGGCAAAUUCUGCUACUCCACUUACCAAGAUCUGGGCUUCCAGAAGAUCCAGGUGGGCCGCCAGCAGGUGGAAGUGUUCAUCGUGGAGCAGACUGUCCACUCAGUUAAAGGCAUCCCCAAUUCCUGCCAGUUCUACCUGCUCUCGGAUGGGCACCUGGCCAAGAGAAUCCAGAUGAGACUGAGCCUGGCCCCGCAUUUGAGAAGAGGCCCCUGGUGUGGGAGGAGGAUAUGGAACUCUACUCGAGGUUCGUGGACCGGAAGGAGGAGCUCCGUCUCAGCCACACCAGCUAUCUGCGGCAGCACCCCGAGGCCCAGGCGCUCAUCUCGGAUUUCCUGCUCUUCCUGUUGCUGCGCCAGCCGCCAGACGUGGUCACCUUCGCCGCCGAGUACUUCGGCCCCUUCGCGAAGCGCCAGCCCCCAAUCCCCGCCUUGCGCUCCUCCCACCGGCCCAGCCCCUUCCGCUCGCUGGACCCCAAGCGCCCGCCGCACUAGGGUCGGCCCCGCGCGGCGUGCGGGGACCGGCCAGGAAGCAGGGAACCAGAGGGACUCACCCCCGAGGCGCGCCUUCCGAGCUGCGGGUUCUUUGGGGAAUAAAUGGGCCCCACCCCCGCGGUUCUGCUGUGGGCGCGGGAACCUUCCCUGGCCAGAGUCUUGUGUCUUGGCUAAAAAGAGGAACUGUUAACAGAGUUUACCCAGCGUAUUUCACGCUUCUUCCAAGAUGCUGUAAUCAACAGUCCUAUUUUACGGAUAAGAAAAUAGAGGCGCGGAAAGGUUAAGUAACUCACAGAGUUAGUACGUAGCGAGCAGGAGUCAAACCUGGACGUUGAUGCCGAAACCCACACUCUCGGUCACUAGGUUAGUAGGGAUAGAGGGGCAGGGCUUCUGGGUGCCACUAAGCAUAAACCAAAUUACUUCGCUUCCACCCCACCCCUACCCCCCAACCAAGAAAAAGAGCAGGGGCUGGUGGGGGAUCUGGAUCCCCACUGGCCUCGCUCAUCACUUCUGAUG